GAUCUUGUGUUGGCCGGCUGAAUGGAAAGGUCCAAGUGCCUCGCAGCCAAUGAUCUUGGCAAAGAGAGGGACAAGCCACAGUUGACUGCAAGCCGCCGUUCCCUUUGUUCAGCUUAGCGUCGCUGCCGGCUAAAAACCUUGUGGUACAACACGAUGCGUCCACAGCACAAGAGGCACAAGGCGAGGAAAGAAGGAGUCCUCGGUGGGGAACAAAGGGACUUUUCUUACGCGGGUGCCGCAGAGCACCAGGUCACUUCCUUCUCCCCCUCCCUGACCUCGCUCCUCGAGCAAGGAAAACGCAAAGGACGCUAGCCCUACGGUGACCGUCGAACUGCCCUGUUCUCCCACUCACCCGAACAAGACAGACCGUCAGCGUGGCACAGAGGCGAUCUUUCUGCGCUCUCUCACCGUAAAAAAAAGCGACCAUGUCCGUCCUCGUCGCACCUUCAACUCCUUCCCCCUCUCUUCCAGCUUUCUACGGUCGGGCCGUCCUUCUCUCCGCCUCUCAGCGAGAUCGGCAAAAGCCGCAACAGUCGCUCCCCAUUUCCAUUCCUGGCAAGUCGCACAAAACAAUGACGACGGCGACGACUGCCAAGAUUCCCCACCAUCAGCGGCGAUAUGUGCCCGUGUCGCCAUUUGAUCCUUUUACCACCUAUCAGGUCAGGCGGGCCGACGACUCGCCCUCCGUCUCGCCUACUGCGACACGCUUCUCAGCCACGGUCAAAGAGCGCGGCGCAACUGUCGAAAGCAGGGCCAGACGGCUGCGCUCUCGCUCUCUCCAUCUGCGCCCCAAGACGUCCGAGGGCCGCGUCUCUUCGCCCACAAUGUCCGCGUUUCUCCGCAGGAUGCCCGCCUUGGAUAGCUCAGAGCAUCAUCAGCAUCAGCAUCAGCAGCAGCGCCGUCCCGUCGAUGACGAGGCAGUUUCUUACAGCGAAAUGAAGGUGACCGACUCGCCCAUCAGCAAGAACCACUUCCGUCCGAUCCGCUACGAGGUCGCGGCCGAGCUCGACGCCAUCUUCGGCAUGACAAAGGCCCAGAAGCGGCAGCGGGCAUUGAGGACGAGGGACGAGCACGAUGGCACGCUCUGGUUUGACAGCUUUGAAAAGGAAGAGUGCCAGUACCUCCUCGACUCGGCGCUCAACAGCCCUUCUCGCCGGUCCAACUCGGCUCCAGGCUCGCCCGUCUCUCCCUCUGAUGAGCAAGAGCGCCGGGGGAGCUCGUUUGCCAUUGCUGGAAACCAGCUCCUGUCGCUCGAAAAUGACGGCAACACGAUGAUGACGGCCCUCACGGCAGCCGGCCAGACCGAAGGCGCAGACAUGGCAGCAUAUACCUUUGUUCCCAUGGCUCCGCUUCCCCAGCAUGUCCAGCUCCAUCCUCGGCAGCCCAACACGAUUCGGACGCGCAAGACCAGGAGCUAUAGCGCAGUGCAGCGGUCAAACCACGUCGGCAACUACCUCUGCGUCACCGAGCAGCAACCUCGUGGAGGACACGAGGACGAGGGUGAGGGGAAGAAGAACGACAACGAGGAGCCGCUCAAGCUGAGCAUGUCGACGAUUCAAAUGCCAGCAUUCUUGCCUCUGCCUCGUCACCAGGCCUCGGCAGCCCUGCUGAUUGAGGCCUUCGAUCGUCCGCUGAAGCAAGCGUCGGACGGCACGGUCGAAGACACGACCGCAAGCAACAAUGAGGCUGCGGCGUCGGCCUCUGCCUCGUCGACGCUCCGCGCGCGCCUAACUUCGCAGGGACGUGCGACACCAUCGACCCUCGACUUGUCGCGGUCCAGGCCCACGGAGACGGCAAUACAGGUCACCCAUCUGCGCAGCGGCAGCAACGCCCACGAUGCUGCUGCUGGUCGUGGCGGUCGUCGUCGGCCCUCGACCAUGUCUGGUCUUCCCUCGUCGGCGACGCAAGUGCAGAAGGCGAUCGAGCAGGGUCACCAGCACAUUGUCUUUCGCAACCCCUUCGGCAAAGAUGAGAGUAGCGGGAAUGCCGAAGAGGAAGAGCAAGGAGUAGGAUUGGGAAUCUCGUCGGCCGAACGGUCCGCCUGGUCGCCCUGGUCGCCCCCGCUGCUCGAUUCGGCGGGCAAUCCGCCCACGAUUCGACGGGGCUCUUCGCUGGACUAUACCGUCUCGAAGCCUUUCCAUUACUUUGAUGAGUCUUACGUCCCGCAUUUCCAGGAGAAAGGCGACGCCGAAGAUGAAGCAGCAAUCGCUGUGAUGGGCGCUCGGCGUCCGCGGGAUCACCACCACCACCAGCGCUACUACAGUCAUCAUCAUUCGCAGCGGGGCCGCCGAGGGGAAGCCUCGUCCUCGCCAACAAAGGCAGCAGCGAUGCUGGGCAUGAACCCACUCAAUGCCAACCUCCUCGCGCCCGGCGGGCUGCCGACGGGUGAGCAGGUCUACCACGGCGUCGACAUCCCUUGCGCUUCCGUCCAUCUCGCCAGCGAUGACGAGGAUGAGGGAGAUGGACCGUCAAACAGCGGCAAGAAAGGCAUGAAGGGAUGGCUGAGCAAGAAGAUCCGAAACGUGUCGUAACCCGCUCAACUAUCCUGCGACGUCGGUACAGGCGACCGAGCGAGCGGUGAUACCUCUCUCCUUUAUACAACUAAUCCUUCACUCACGAGCACCCUUGUUCUCACCUCUUUCUUUAUCUUUUCGUCGCCCUGUUCCUGCGGUCGCUGAGCUGCUAAUGGC